CACAAGGCCUGGGCCAACCCCCAAAACACCGUGGGGUCCUGCUUCUCUGCACCAGGCGCACCAGGUAUGUGACUGGUGUAAGCACAUAAGACACACAAAAGAGUAUCUGGAUUUUGGGGACGGGGAACGAAGGCUUCAGUUCUGCAGUGCAAAAUGUCUCAAUCAGUACAAAAUGGACAUUUUCUACAAAGAGACACAGGCCAAUCUUCCAGCUGGACUGUGCAGCACAUUACAUCCUCCAAUCGAAAAUAAAGCAGAAGGCACUGGGGUUCAGCUGCUGACUCCAGAUUCUUGGAAUAUACCGCUAGCAGAUGCUCGGAGAAAGGCCCCAUCCCCAGUGUCUGCAGCUGGCCAAAUUCAAGGCCCUGGACCAUCAGCAUCUACCACUGCCUCUCCGUCUGACACUGCCAACUGCUCUGUCACUAAAAUCCCCACACCAGUUCCCAAACCUAUUCCUAUCAAUGAGAAUCCAAAUAUUCCACCAGUUUCUGUUCAGCCACCUGCUAGCAUUGUGCCUCCAAUUGGUGUCCCACCUCGAAGUCCUCCCAUGGUGAUGACAAACCGGGGGCCAGUUCCUCUGCCCAUAUUCAUGGAACAGCAAAUUAUGCAGCAAAUCCGUCCACCAUUUAUUCGAGGGCCGCCUCAUCAUGCCUCAAAUCCUAACAGCCCUUUGUCCAAUCCAAUGAUUCCUGGAAUUGGUCCACCACCAGGUGGUCCCAGAAAUAUGGGUCCCACCUCCAGCCCCAUGCACAGGCCAAUGCUAUCACCUCAUAUUCAUCCGCCAACAACACCUACCAUGCCUGGCAAUCCCCCAGGGUUACUACCGCCUCCUCCUCCAGGAGCUCCUUUAACUAGCCUUCCCUUUCCCCCUGUCAGCAUGAUGCCAAAUGGUCCUAUGCCUAUGCCACAGAUGAUGAACUUUGGAUUGCCAUCUCUUGCCCCACUUGUGCCACCCCCAACCCUCUUAGUGCCAUAUCCUGUCAUUGUUCCUUUGCCUGUACCUAUCCCUAUUCCCAUUCCCAUCCCUCACAUCAAUGAUUCCAAGCCCCCCAAUGGCUUCUCCAGCAAUGGUGAAAACUUCAUUCCAAGUACCUCCAGUGAUGCAGCCGGAGCAAAGCCAACAAAUAAUUCUACGUCCCCUAGAGAUUCAAAGCAAGGGCCUUCUAAAUCCUCUGACUCGUCACCUAGCUGUUCGGGCCAGUCCUUAAAUCAAGCUCCAGUGGUUCAGGAGCAUUGUAGAAAUGAAGUUGUUGAUUUGACUGUCAGACCUAGUAGUCCAAUGAACAGUAAAUUUAGUUUUCCCAGUGUACUACAGGGUCCACAGGAUGGUGUGAUAGACCUAACUGUAGGUCACAGGUCUAGGCUACACAAUGUUAUCCACAGGGCUUUACAUGCUCAAGUUAAAGUUGAACGUGAACCUAACAGUGUUGUAAAUUUGGCUUUUAGUAGCUCAGAUAAAAGGAACUGCAACCACUGCAGGGACAAUUGCAGCCCAAUUGAAACAAAAAUGUUACCUUGCAGCAACCCAGCUCACUGUGGUCCUGUCUCACUAGCCUCUGGCACUUCAGGACUAGAAACUAGUGCAGCAGUUUGCAAUGUCAUUGUGAAUGGCACAAAGAGCACAGAGGGUUCUAAGAACUCAGAACAAUCCCCAGAACAGAAAAAGCCUCAACCACAAGAAGAGCCAGCAGUGAGUGAGCUGGAAUCUGUUAAAGAGAACAACUGUGCAUCAAACUGCCACCUAGAAGGCGAGGCUGGCAAGAAGACUGGGGAAGAGCCCCUCACUGUGGGAGACAAGCAAGACCCCAACCUUAACAACCCUGCAGAUGAGGACCAUGCGUAUGCUUUGCGAAUGCUGCCCAAGACAGGUUGUGUGAUCCAGCCUGUGCCAAAACCAGCAGAAAAGACUGCUAUAGCACCGUGUAUAAUCUCAACACCAAUACUCAGCACAGGGCCAGAGGAUCUGGAGCCACCAUUGAAAAGGAGGUGUCUCCGAAUUCGAAAUCAGAAUAAGUAAAGGAAUGCUCACUGACAGGGUACCUUGCAUGGAGAAAGGGAGCAGAGCAAACCAUGUCACUUCACCGAAUGAUGUCAGCUGGGCUGCUCACCACCCCAUAUGACUAAAAGUCAAACAAAUAAAGCAGCUUCCUGUCAUUAAGUCUCUCAGAGGAAGCCUCAGUCCCACGGGUGCCUUUGGCCCAGAAGACAGCCUAUCAUGGACCUACGCAAUGUGCUCCGCAUUCCCACUACCACCUCCUCUUCUCCUUGGAGGAACAUGUUUUCCUCUUGGUUUCUUGCUGGGGAAUUUUUCCCUCUUGUUUCAAAAACCACCCGGACCAAUGUAGGUACUUUUCCUUCUCUGACUCCAAGAUUCAGAUAUUUGAGACUGGACAAUGAUAUGGAUUUUUUUUUUUCCAAAAACUGCUGUGGUUUUGCUGCUACACCAAGAAUCGUGAUUUGCAUUGUAUGGUUUUGGACCUAGUCAUGUUUUGAUGGGGGAAAGGGGUUUUACUGGAGUAGCAAUGCUUCAGAAUCAUCUCUGUCCUACCCAUGAUGCACUUUUAAAGGAAGAGUUAGAAUAUUUUAUUGGCUAAUAUACUUUCCUUGUUAUUUUUACAAAGGCCACCUUUAUCCUUUUUAAUGCCAUAUUUUCAGUGUUACACUUUUAUGGCUUUUAAUUUUUGAUUUGACAGAUGUAAGAAGCAGCAUGAAUAGUUUAUACUGUGGUUUUUCAGAGCCUGAAUGCCAAGAGAACUCAGUAAAUGUUUAUUCUUCUCAGCUUUCUCUUUAAAUUCCCCUAAAUAGCGCCCCAUUUGGGAACAGAGCAAGAGUGUUGAACUAAAGACCAAAAUUCCCUCAAGGUGUAAAAUAAUCUGAGGGGAAUAUUUGCUGGGCGUCAUGAAAGACUUGGAUGAAAUUUCAACCCUGAUGGUUUUCAGUGAUCCAGGAAGCCAGUGAGACAAUCUCUCCAUAUGCAUAGCCCUUUCAUGAUAAUUAGAAUGGUAUGGACAAACCAAUGAAAACAAGGGGUAAAGUGAGAAAGAUCCCCCAUGAUUCUGUUUCACUGUUUGCUUUCUCCUGUCAUGGUUAAGAGAAAUGUGCAAUUCGAUCCUCAAUCAGUGGGUGGAGGAUAACAGGGUAGAAUUUACUUGUGUGCACUUGUACAGUUGUAGCCAAGAGUCCAAAAGUACACUAGAGCAUGUAUACUGGCACUGAAUUGGUAAGACAGUUGUGGAGUAUCCCAUUCUGACAAAUACAAAAAAGAAAAAAAAAUUCAAAUCACCUUGUGAUUCAGUGUAACUGUUUACUAACUUGAAUAAAGCAAUUGUUCACUCUCAAGUGUUCAGAGUACACCUCUUCUAUAAGGCUGCUGUUAGGAACCAAGAAACAGGUUGCAAAAGAAGUGUCCCUAUUAGUCUCAGUAAAGUUGGGAGCAGGGUGUCAAAGCCAAUCACACCAGAGCCUUGUAGUGACGGUGCACUAUGAGCACUAUGUAUAUACUGUAUUUCUAUAUUUUCCUUUGUACAAAGUCACUUGACAAGUCAAGGUACUGUUUUACAGGUGCUCCUUAUUUAUUAGAGCUGUGAACGCUUGGAAAACACGCCAGGCGAGUGAGCGAGCUUUUUAAAAAAUAUUUAAAAAAAAAAAAAAAAAAAAAAAAAGCUCCUGAGCCUAGGGGACGUUACUAAGAGCUACCAGAGAAACAUCUCCAAGAAAACAAGAACACGAAGCACUUUCAAUGUGCUCACUUUCUCUCUGGGCUCACAACACUUCUCUCUCUCCCUGACUGGUGUCAGAUUUAUUGAAAGAAAAUAAAUC